CCAAAAUGCAACCACCUACCCAAACUACAACAAAGAAGUUCUGGCAAGGGGCCAGGCUGGUCCCAGAGCCACAACUAAACAUACAAAGGUAGAAAAGAAGCAUAGCAGCGUGGAGAAAACCGCAAGUCUGGUGGAAGAAAACCUGGUGGAAAUGGAACACACCACUCCCCAAAUGCAGCAACUUCAGGCCCACGGCUCCCAAGUCAAUAUAGGAACAAACAACUCAGCCCCUCCUCUUAAAGCGAUAGCAUUGAAGAGGAGACCGCCUCGGCGAACAGCGAAACAGGCACAGCCGAAACUCACGAAAUGGAGACGAAACUGUGAGCUUACCCCAACACUCCAUGAAUGA